UAGUCGCUUUGAUGAGAUAAACACAGAUUUGCUAUGUUGUGUGGCAUGCUUAAAUCCAGACGAUUUGUUUGUCGACUAUGACAAGGACAAGUUGGUGAAGCUUGCUACUUUUUAUCCUACUGAGUUCUCCAAAGAUGAUAUUUUACAUCUUGGUCUUCAUCAACUUGAUGCUUAUAUAUAUGAUAUGAAGACAGUUCAGAGGUUUGCAGGAUUAAAGGGAAUUGCUGAACUUUCUAGAGAAAUGGUUGCAUCAAAGAAACAUCGAGUGUUUCCAUUAGUCUAUAGACUUCUGAAAUUGGCAUUGUUGCUUCCUGUUGCCACAGCAAGCGUUGAAAGAGCAUUUUCUGCAAUGAACUAUGUGAAGAACACACUUCGCAAUAGAAUGAGUGAUGAUGUCAUGAAUGAUUUUUUGGUUGGUUACAUUGAGAGUGACAUCCUUGAUAGUUUGGAUGAUGAAUGUAUUUUAGAUACUUUUCAGACUAUGAAAACACGUCGUGGUUCAUUGUAAAAAAUUAAUAUAAGUUAUGUUUUUUUUUUUUUUUUUGCACCACCUUGGCAUAAUUCCUGGCUACGCCACUGGCUACCAUGUGGAUCUAACCCACUAAGUACACAUGCGAUAACAACUUGUGAAAUCUAACUCGUAGCCUGGUUCCUUUUUUAGUUUUUUGAAGGUUUGGGGAUUGGAAUGUUGGAUUUGACCGUAUACCAUGGGCUCCUGCGAAAGCUUCGUGUCUUUUUCAAUGGAAACUCCCGCGAAAAAUCACCGAAUGGAAGGAAAGCAUAUCCGAGGGAAUCGCAGGUGAUCGCGAUGGUGGUUGUGCUUUUUUAAAUAAAAGAAACCCCGUUUACGUAGUCAGAUUAGUAAUUGCGCCCACGUUUUCAUUAUGGUAGGUGAUCAGAAUCGCAGAUGACUCAGCACCUGCCUGCCGCCGCCGGUGAUAAAAAAUCGUGCUUUCUUUCUCCGGCCGUCGUCUAUCCAUAGGGCCCCACUCACACACACUCUCUAGGUCUAGUACCACUUGUAAAUCCCCUCAAUCAUUUCGCUGGGACCGGCGUCUCUCCUCCGGUCAUCCCACGUUACUUUAUUGAAGGAUUGAUUCCUUCCCAUCGAGGAAAACCCAAAUCAAUUAUUAGGAAAAAUGGGGAAAGAGAAACCCAAAUCAAUAACUCUCUCAUUAUUAUAUCGCAUCUGCUUCAGCCGCCGCUUCUCCAGCUCUCCUACUCCUCGAUUCCUGCUUAUAUAAAAAACCCUCGUCGGUAGCCACCCUCCUCCAGAAACUCGCCACCCUCCGAAACGCUUCGGCUCUCCAAUUCGGCAGUUCUCCGCUUGAUCUUUCACGUUUCUCCAGGGUCCCAUUAAUGGCCGGAGCCGCCGAGGGAAACGGUCCUGCUGCCGUUGAUGUAGGGAUGGACGGUGGUGUUCCUGGGCUUUCCGCCGUGAUUCCAGGGUGGUUCUCCGAGAUCAGCCCAAUGUGGCCAGGGGAGGCUCACUCUAUGAAGGUGGAGAAAAUUUUGUUUCAAGGCAAAUCCGACUACCAGAACGUUGUUGUGUUCCAGUCAGCAACAUAUGGGAAGGUUCUUGUGUUGGAUGGGGUGAUUCAACUAACUGAAAGAGAUGAGUGUGCAUAUCAAGAGAUGAUUACCCACCUCCCACUUUGCUCCAUCCUAAACCCCAAAAAGGUAUUGGUUAUUGGAGGAGGCGAUGGAGGUGUCAUUCGUGAAGUGUCUCGCCACGCUUCUGUUGAGCAGAUUGAUAUGUGUGAAAUUGAUGCCAUGGUGGUUGAUGUCUCUAAGAAGUAUUUCCCUGAUGUAGCAGUUGGAUUUCAAGAUCCUCGUGUUAAUCUCCACAUCGGCGAUGGCGUUGCUUUCCUAAAGGCGGUUCCACAUGGCACUUACGAUGCUGUUAUAGUCGAUUCCUCGGAUCCAAUUGGGCCUGCAAAAGAGCUGUUUGAGAAGCCUUUCUUUGAGUUGAUUGCCAAGGCUCUUCGCCCUGGUGGUGUUGUUUGUACGCAAGCUGAGAGCUUGUGGCUGCACAUGCAUCUCAUUCAAGACAUUGUAUCUAACUGUCGUGAAAUCUUCAAGGGCUCUGUCAACUAUGCUUGGACCACCGUCCCUACAUAUCCGAGUGGAAUGAUUGGCUUCAUGCUUUGCUCCACUGAGGGCCCAGCAGUUGAUUUCAAGAAUCCGGUGACCCGUGUUGAAGGUGAAGGGAGUCACCCCCAAGUUAAAGGGCCAUUGAGAUUCUACAAUGCAGAGAUUCAUUCUGCAGCUUUCUGCUUGCCAUCAUUCGUGAACAAGGCAAUUGGUUCAAAACUCCGGUGAAAGAUGGAAAAACUGGAAAGGGCUUAAGAAGAACAAAUCACCAGACUAAACAACGCAUCAUGACGUAUACAUUAUAGAGAGGGUAAAGCUGUGUGUAAGCUAAGCUACUGAUUAGGGUGUAGCCAUGUUCAACAUUA